GGGUCACACAAAGAUGUGGCUGAACAGAGAACAGCAGGCACUGUGCCUUUAAUCAGCUCUCCUCCCCGUCCCUCACCCAGUGUAGCUCUCUGUCUUCCCCAUUUCGCUGCUUUGUUUUCAUUUACUCUCUCAUUUGAUCAUGGCUGCUCAUACUACCGAAGAACCGUUUCCCUUCCACGGGCUGCUCCCAAAGAAAGAAACCGGCGCCGCCUCUUACCUCACCAGGUUCCCUGAGUACGAUGGGCGAGGUGUGCUCAUCGCUAUCCUCGACACCGGCGUGGAUCCCGGGGCCCCCGGCAUGCAGGUCACAACAGAGGGAAAACCAAAGGUCAUCGACAUCAUUGACACAACAGGCAGUGGGGACGUGAACAUGGCCACAGUGAUUGAACCUAAAGAUGGGACAGUCGUUGGCCUCUCUGGUAGAACGCUCAAGAUCCCUCCUGCCUGGGUCAAUCCAUCAGGGAAGUAUCGCAUUGGAGUUAAAAAUGGCUAUGAGUUCUUCCCUAAGGCUCUUAAAGAAAGAAUACAGAAAGAGCGAAAAGAGAAGAUUUGGGACCCGCCGCACAGAGCAGCACUUGCUGAAGUCAGCCGCAAGACAGAAGAGUUUGACCUGGCUCAUCCGACGCCCUCACAGAUUGAGAAGCUGCAGAAAGAAGAGCUGCAGAGUGAGUCAGAGUUGCUGGCAUCACUGGAAAAGAAGUACAGUGAUCCUGGUCCCGUGUACGACUGUGUUCUUUGGCAUGAUGGCGACACAUGGAAGGCGGUAGUGGACACGUCUGAGUGUGGAGAGCUGUCCCAGUGCACCGUGCUGAGCUCAUACAGAGAGAAACAAGAGUAUGCCACAUUAGGAAAUGCUGAGAUGCUUAACUAUUCUGUUAAUAUAUACGACGAGGGAAACACACUCUGCAUAGUUACCAGUGGAGGGGCUCACGGGACACACGUGGCAAGCAUUGCAGCGGGUUACUUUCCAGAGGAACCAGAACGUAACGGUGUGGCCCCUGGAGCUCAAAUCCUUGCCCUGAAGAUUGGAGACACUCGCCUCAGCACCAUGGAAACGGGCACCGGACUCAUCCGUGCGAUGAUUGAAGUGAUCAACUACAAGUGUGACCUGGUUAACUAUAGCUAUGGGGAAGCAACCCACUGGCCUAAUUCAGGGAGGAUUUGUGAGGUGAUCACAGAAGCCGUGCAGAAACACAACGUGAUUUUUGUGUCGAGCGCAGGAAACAAUGGCCCCUGCCUUUCCACCGUCGGCUGCCCAGGAGGAACCACCAGCAGUGUCAUCGGUGUUGGAGCAUAUGUGACCCCAGACAUGAUGGUAGCUGAGUAUUCCCUCAGAGAGAAGCUUCCUGCCAACCAGUACACCUGGUCGUCCAGGGGCCCCAGCACGGACGGGGCCCUGGGGGUCAGCAUCAGUGCCCCUGGUGGUGCCAUAGCAUCUGUGCCCAACUGGACCCUUCGCGGUACCCAGCUGAUGAAUGGCACAUCCAUGUCGUCGCCCAAUGCCUGUGGAGGCAUUGCUCUCGUCCUCUCAGGGCUGAAGCAGAACGGGAUCCAUUCCUCUGCUCCUGCUGUGAGGAGAGCGCUGGAAAACACGGCUCUGAAGGUUGAUGACAUCGAGGUGUUUGCACAGGGACACGGAAUAAUCCAGGUGGACAAGGCAUUAGACUACCUCACUCAGCACGCCUCCUUACCCACAAGCCAGCUGGGCUUCUCAGUAAGUGUGGGAUCACAGAGGGGCAUCUACCUCAGGAACCCAGUCCAGGUUCUGGCCCCCUCCGAUCACGGAGUGGGAAUUGAACCAAUCUUCCCAGAGAACACAGAAAACUCCGAGCGAAUCUCUCUGCAGCUGCACUUGGCUCUCACCUGCGCUGCCCCCUGGGUCCAGUGCCCCUCCCAUCUGGAGCUGAUGAACCAGUGUCGUCAUGUCAACGUCCGCAUCGACCCGAUGGGGCUGAGAGAGGGCGUGCACUACACAGAGGUGUGCGGAUACGAUACGGCAGCACCCAGCUGCGGCCCCCUGUUUCGAGUUCCAAUCACAGUUAUUAUCCCCGUCAAGGUGGCAGAUACUCGUAAUCAGGAGGUGUGUUUCACAGACGUUCACUUCAGACCAGGACAGAUCAGACGCCACUUUAUCACCGUUCCUCAGGGAGCUUCCUGGGCAGAGAUCACCCUGACUUCUCAUUCGGGAGAUGUCUCGUCAAAAUUUGUUCUCCACGCAGUGCACCUGGUCAAACAGAAAGCCUACAGAGCAAACGAGUUCUACAAGUUCUCCUCCCUGUUAGAGAGAGGCUCACUAACGGAGGCUUUCCCAGUUCUGUCAGGUAGGGUAGUCGAGUUCUGCAUAGCACGCUGGUGGGCCAGUUUAGGGGACGUCACAGUGGACUACAGCAUCUCGUUCCACGGGCUGAGCAUCUCUCCGUCUCCUCUGCACAUUCAUGCAUCAGAGGGAGUGACGACUUUCGAUGUGUCAUCUCCCCUGCGAUACGAAGAGGUGUCCCCCGCCAUCACCCUCAAAUCAUGGGUUCAGCCUCUGCGACCUUUAAGUUCAAAGGUUAAAGCCUUGGGAGCGCGGGAUGUUCUGCCUAACAACAGACAGUUCUAUGAGAUUGUCCUCACCUACAGCUUUCACCAGCCUAAGAGCGGAGAGGUCACGCCCAGCUGCCCCAUGCUGUGCGAACUGCUGUAUGAGUCUGAAUUUGACAGCCAGCUGUGGAUGCUGUUUGACCAGAACAAGAGGCUGCUGGGCUCAGGGGACGCCUAUCCACACCAGUAUUCACUGAAGCUGGAGAAGGGCGACUACACUGUUCGCCUGCAGGUCCGCCACGAGCAGUCCAGCGAGCUGGAGCGCCUAAAGGACCUGCCCUUCGUUGUUUCUCAUCGUCUGUCCACCACCCUCAGCCUGGAUGUCUACGAGACACACCGGGCGGCCCUCAUGGCCAAGAAGAAGGCAAACUCCGUGACAUUGUGUCCGGGUGCCACGCAGCCUUUUUACGUCACUGGCCUUCCCGACGACAAGAUCCCUAAGGGCACAUGUCCCGGCUGCUAUCUUUCAGGCUCCCUCGUCGUACCCAAGAGCGAGUAUGGCAAGAAAGCUGGGCAGGCCUCUGCAAAACGACAAGGAAAAUUUAAAAAGGAUGUUGUUCCGGUCAUUUACCACUUAAUACCUGCUCCCAACAAAUCAAAGAACGGAGGGAAGGAUAAGGACAAGGAAGGAGACAAAGAGAAGGAUGUGAAGGAGGAGUUUGCCGAGGCCAUGAGGGAUCUGAAGAUUCAGUGGAUGACAAAGUUGGACUCCUGCUCCAUCUACGAUGAGCUGAUCGAGAACUAUUCAGAUUACCUUCCACUGCACGUGCAGAGACUGCAUCAGCUGGACUCCGAAAAGGAGCGUGCGAAACGUCUCCAGGAGGUGGUGACUGCAGCAGACUUUGUCGUCUCCCGCAUUGAUCAAACGGCGUUGGCCGUUUACCUCACCAUGAAGACCGAUCCGCGGCCGGAUGCCGCCUCCAUCAAGACGGACAUGGAGAAGCAGAAGUCGUCCCUGCUGGACGCCCUGUGCAGGAAGGGCUGCGCUCUGGCCGACCAGCUGAUGCUGCCCGCCGCGGCGCAGGAUGGCGCCGCCGCCGUCGCCACUGGGCACGCGGCAGCAGAGGAGGCCGUGGAGCCGGUGGCCAGCAGCUCUGACGACACCCAGCAGAGUGUGGCCAAGGCCCUCACGGAUGUCUUCUGGGAGGUGCAGAAGUGGGCGGAGCUAACAGACUCCAAGGUUUUGAUGUUUUCAUACAAACACGCUCUGGUGAACAAGAUGUAUGGCCGAGCCUUAAAGUAUGCCUCUAAGAUGGUCGAGGAAAAGCCCAGCAAAGAGAACAUGAAGAACUGCAUCCAGCUCAUGCACCACCUGGGAUGGACUCACUGCGCUACCUUCAGUGAGAACUGGCUCCCUGUCAUGUACCCGGCAGAUUAUGCACCAUUCUAGACACAAACACAUUUAACUUCGGUAUCAAGUCCCUCAGGGUCACAUGGUUUCUGCAUGUGGCCAUCCAGCGGCCUCCUGGGAUUUUAUGUUUCUUUUUGUUUAUUUUUUUUAAAGCAAAAUAUGAGGGAUCACUAGAGUAAACGAUUAUACCAACAGCUGAUGGAUUUUUAUGCAGGCGACAGGCUGCAUUCAUCCUCUGGUGAAGCCAGCCAAGCUAACAUUACCGUGUGGAAAGCGCACAGUCUCCAACUGUUCAUUUGAAUUCCCUCCAAGGAAAAAUGGCAAAUUAUAAAAUGUAAAAGAAAAAAGUUGACAGCAUCUCAUGAAACGGUUUCUCAUUAAUAUCUUUGAGCGUUGUCCUUUGUUUUGAUCACAGCUACAAAUAUGGGGGUCAACAGCCUCCCCUACUCUGUCACCAUUGUAUGAGCCACCUAUCUUUCUUGUGUAAAUGCUGUAAAUACGGUCAGUUUGGACUCCAGAGAUGCAUCCCAAGUCUUUAAAGAACUGCGACCCCAAACAGGACUUCUACUGGCUGUUAUUCAAUUUCAGAAAGAAAGCUGGAGGAUUUGCUGCUGCAUAAUAAUAUAAAGGCAUACGAGAGCACCCAAAAUUUGCCUAUUUCCCAGUU